CUCCCGCAUUCCACAAAACCUCCAAGGAAACUGAAGCAGCAGAAGACGAGAAAAGAAGAAAAACAGGAACUGAAAAAAUCCUAUUCCAAAAAGGAUAGAAAAUAGAGAAAACGAGAAGAAUGAUGUUGAAGAAGCAGUAGUAGAAGUAGAAGCAGUAGCAGGAGCAGCCAUGGCUUCCAUUUGCAGCAGCUCUCCUCCUCUACUCGUCCGUACAAACCCUGUCUCUCCUCGCUCUCUAUUUUCUAUCUCUUUCUCUGCGCAACCUCCGGUCCGUUUUCGUGUCCUAAGAGCCGAAGGGCUUGACCAAGGCGGUGGCCCCAAAAGCCAGGAGGCGGGUGACCCGUCCUUGCUGCGGAAGCCGUCGAUAUCGUCUUCUACCGGAUUCUCCCAAAUCUCAGACGUCGAUGAGGAGCCUGCUGCGGGUGAUGGCGGGAAGAAGGACGAUGAGUGGGUGGAUUGGGAGGAUCAGAUUCUGGAGGAGACUGUGCCGCUUGUUGGUUUCGUUAGGAUGAUCCUUCACUCUGGCAAAUAUGAGAGUGGUGAUAGACUCAGUCCAGAGCAUGAGAAAACAAUUCUGGAAAGGAUACUUCCACAUCAUCCGGAGUUCGAGAAAAAGAUAGGAUGUGGAAUAGACUACAUCACGGUUGGCUACCAUCCUGAUUUUGAAGACUCACGCUGCUUAUUCAUAGUCCGAAAGGAUGGGGAGGUGGUUGAUUUCUCAUACUGGAAAUGCAUAAAAGGUUUGAUCAAGAAGAACUAUCCACUAUAUGCGGAUAGCUUCAUUCUCAGACAUUUUCGGCGACGUAGGCGUACUGAAUGAAGGAAACCAUGAAAAAGGUGCCUCCUCCAGCCAUUGUAAAAUUACUUCGUAUUGUUUCAAAUUAUAAUUGAAUAUAGGUGGUGGUGCAAUCAUCUUGUAGCAAGAUGUUGUGAUAUAUGGAAAAUUGUUGUUGUUCCACCUCUUCUCAUCCAACCAAGAGUGUAGAAAACAAUCAUUAUCUGUAUCAAUUCUUUGCAGGAAUGAUAGAAACAGUCGUGAAUUUUCCUUACCAAA